GUGGAAUGGUUUGCAAGCUCUUAUUCUUCAAGAAUGUCCUUAUGCAUAUUAUGUACAUUGUUUGGCUCAUCAGUUACAAUUAGCUCUUGUUGCUGCAUCUAAAGAUUCAAGUGAUGUUCAUGCUUUUUUUCAAAACUUGAGUAGGAUUGUUAAUGUUGUGUGUUCUUCUUGCAAACGCAAUGAUGAGUUACAUGAUGCUUAUGAGACUGAAAUUGCACGUUUGGUUGCAAAUGAUGAGAUUGAAACUGGGAGGGGAGCUAAUCAAAUUGGCACACUACAAAGACCUGGAGAUACUAGAUGGAGUUCUCAUUUCAAUUCAAUAUGUAGCCUUCUACGCAUGUUUAAUGCAACUACUUCAGUUCUUGAAGAUUUGGUGGUUAAUGGAACUGGCUCUCAACGAGGUGAUGCUACUUAUGCUUUCAGAGUAUUGAUGUCUUUUGAAUUUGUUUUCAUUUUACAUGUUAUGAAAGAAAUUAUGGGAAUCACAGACAAGCUUUGUCAAGCUUUGCAGCAAAAGAAUCAAGACAUUGUGAAUGCUAUGUGUUUGGUUUCUAGCACAAAGUCACUAAUUCAAAAGUUAAGGGAUUUUGGUUGGGAUUCUCUUUUAGAAAAUGUUAACUCUUUUUGCAAUAGCCGAGGUGUACCAAUUCCUGAUAUGAGUGCUACUUACUCUGACAUAAUUCGAACUCGGCUUAAAAAGGAUUCUGUGACAGUUGAGCAUCAUUAUCGUGUAGAUAUAUUUACUGCAGCGAUAGAUUAUCAAUUGAAAGAAUUGAAUAGUAGAUUCAGCGAGCAAUCAACUGAACUUCUUAUGUUGAGUGUAGCUUUGGAUCCUAAAGAUGCAUUCAAAUCAUUUAAUGCUUGUGAUAUUUGUAGUCUAGCUAAGAAAUUUUACUCUUCAGAUUUUUCUGACCAAGAAAUGAUUCAUAUGGAAUAUGAAUUGCAACAUUAUGAGUUUGAUGUGCCAAAGGAUCCCAAAUUUCAUAAUUUGUCAACUCUUGGUGAAUUAUGUCAAAAACUAGUAGAGGUUGGCAAAUCAAAUGUUUAUCCUUUAAUUGAUCGAUUGAUACGACUUGUUCUUACUCUGCCCGUGUCAACAGCAACUACAGAACGUGCUUUUUCAGCUAUGAAGAUUAUAAAAACAAGUUUGCGCAACAAGGUUGAGUGUUUUUUAGAAUUUUUCUACUAAAAAUAAAGAAUAUUUCUCAUUAAAGAAGCACGUUCUGUAGUUGCUGUUGACACGGGCAGAGUAAGACAAU